UUACUCAACAACCGAGUCAAGGAAUCAUCUUGUAGAUAACAAAAAAAAUAUUUUUUUUCGGUUUUCAUUUUCUAUUGUAUAAUCGAUGAUCUAAAUGUUGACUUGAAAACAUAAUAUGAACUUGACCAACGACGCCAAUGCUUUAUUGUUCUGCUAAAAAAAACAUAUUGGGUAGGUCCAACUUUGUACCAUAUACUCUUAAUACUAUAAAUAUGGCAACUCCAAUAGCAUAGAUAUAUCGAGCAAAUCCCACCUCCAGAAAAUGAAGUUCCCUCUCUGCUCAACUUUUGUCUUUCCUUUUGCCAUUCUCUUGAUCUCAUUUUCAUGGGCGACCACAGCUCAGUCACAUGAGAAAUUUCUUCAAUGUCUUUCCCUUCAUUCAAACUAUUCAUCUUCUAUUUCUAAAGUCAUCUACUCACGAAACAAUAACUCAUAUUCAUCUAUACUAGAAUCUUCCAUUCAAAAUCUUAGGUUCUCCACAAUAGCUACCCCGAAGCCUUUAGUCAUUGUUACACCAUUGCAUGCAUCCCAUAUCCAAGCAACAAUUUACUGUUCGAAAAGACAUGGCUUGCAAAUUAGAACUCGAAGUGGUGGUCAUGACUUUGAGGGUCUUUCUUAUGCUUCUGAAGUUCCAUUUGUCCUCAUUGAUUUGGUUAAUCUUCGAUCAAUCGAUGUUGAUGUUGAAAAUCGCAUUGCAUGGGUUCAAGCAGGGGCAACAAUAGGUGAACUGUAUUACAGGAUUGCUGAAAAAAGUGGAACUCUUGCCUUCACAGCUGGUACUUGCCAUACUGUAGGUGUUGGUGGUCAGUUUAGUGGAGGAGGUUAUAGCACAUUGUCAAGAAAAUACGGUAUUGCUGCUGAUAAUAUUAUUGAUGCUCACUUAAUUGAUGCUAAUGGAAAAGUUCUUGAUAGAAAAUCCAUGGGAGAAGAUUUGUUUUGGGCUAUCCGAGGAGGUGGAGGGGGUAGCUUUGGGAUUGUUCUCGACUGGAAAAUAAAGUUGGUUUCCGUUCCAGCAACUGUGACUGUUUUCACAGUCACAAAGACCUUGGAACAAAAUGCAACUGAACUUAUCCAUCGUUGGCAAUAUGUUGCACACAAGCUUUCCGAUGAUCUAUUUAUUUUUGUCACCAUAUCAAGGGUGAAUUCUAGUCAAGAAGGAAAGAAAACAAUUCAAGCUUCAUUUAGUGCCUUGUUUCUUGGCAGGGUUGAUAAGCUCGUUUCAUUGAUGGAAAAAGGAUUUCCCGAGCUCGGAUUAGUUAAACAAGACUGUACUGAAAUGAGUUGGAUUCAAUCUGCUGCUUACUUUGGUCAAAUUCCAAUAGAACGCUUGGAGGUUUUGCUUGACAGGACUGCGGUUAGUAAAUCCUAUUUUAAAGGAAAAUCUGAUUAUGUACAGGAACCUAUUCCAAAAAUUGCAAUUGAGGGGAUGUGGCCAAGGUUCUAUGAAGAAGAGGGAACAUAUGCCUCAAUCAACUUGGUACCUUUUGGAGGAAAAAUGGAUGAGAUUUCAGAAACUGAAACUCCAUUCCCACAUAGAGCCGGCAACAUUUUCAACAUCAUGUACGUUACUGGUGAAGAAGGGGAAUUGGAAUUUCAAAAGUAUAUAAGUUGGAUGAGAAGAUUUUAUCGUUACCUGGGUCCAUACGUUUCAAAAUCUCCACGACAAGCAUAUGUCAACUAUAGGGAUCUAGACAUUGGAGUUAACAACAAAAAAGGCCACACAAGUUAUGCUCAAGCUAGCAUUUGGGGUUUUAAAUAUUUUAAGAACAACUUCAAUAAGUUGGUGCAUGUGAAGACAUUGGUUGAUCCUGAAAACUUCUUCAAGCACGAACAAAGCAUCCCUCCUCUUUUAUAUUAAUUGGUUGAAGAAGAAAGAUUGUUAGUUAAUUUUUAGAAUAAGUUUCUUUGAGUAAUUUUUAGAAUAAGUUUCUUUGAAUCAAUGUUCUUUAGUCGUUCAUUACUGCCUGAGAACUUUCGUUCAUCCUCUUGGGUCUUCGCCCAAAAUUUGUUUAUCAUAAUGUAUGCAUUUAUGGUUGGAUUUUUAAAUUUAAUAAGCUGAGAUAUGUUUA